AUGUAUGUGAAAUGCUUUGAUACAGUAAUGUAAUACUAUGUGAUUUUAGUGUAUUUAGUGAAUGUCACUUUUUGUCAUUUUCAAAUUUUCCACCGUUCCGUCCCCCAUACAUCCCAACGUCGCAGGGGACAGAACCCAGAAGACAGGUGCCGACAUCCGCUGGAGGACAUUACAGGGGACACUGCAGGAGGGAACAUCGUGGGAGCGCAGGACAAGGUAAGAGAAGAACAGAUCCCAGAGCAGCGCUGCAUCGUAAGCCCGAGUGUAGCUCGGGAUUACCGCUUGUGCUACACUCAGGAAUACUGCCAGGGAGGCUACG